AAGUCGAAGAGGGGUGGCCAACGAAACUCGCCUAUUUUAGCAUUUCUGAGACUUGUAUCAUGGACUACAUGAAGGAAGACUGCAGUGUUAACUUGAGGCAGGCACUUAAUGUGACAUGGAAACCAUGCACCCAAUAGCUCUGAUCAAUAUGGUAGUACAUGAUUAGUAAGCUUCACCAACAUGGAAGGAAAGGAACAUCAGGGACAAAUCUAUGAAAAAUGUGAUUGCUAGCUUGCAAAUGAAAUACUUGUAUCCUACAUCAGUAUACAAGAGGUGAAGAAGUAAUAGUGACAGCUUUUACCUGUACAUCGUGACUUGACUGCUUGGGAGUGCCUCAGAGUACACUUUGUUGGCGAUUAAUCGAGCAAUCAGAGACUAGAUAGUGCUGUGGCAAAAGGAGGAUGAUGCUUAUUCUUGUCAGAUAUGACUGUAACAGUGUUCUCACCAGUACCAUCUGUACCUUCAUUUUGACGGUUGGAACAAGGAAGGACGUAACAAUAGUAACAAUAGAUGUUAUCAAAUAUGUCAACAUUAAACAUUUAAUGACGUCAUUAUAUUUGAAGACGUAAUAUUGACAGUUGGCAAAAUAUCCUGGCUAGAACACUGCUGUAAUAUGGUGCUUAUAAGAGAUGGCCAUAAAAACUGGUUAUAGGGUAUAUACGUGAAUUUGUGUUAAUUUGCCAGGCAAAGAAUGGCAAAUCAGUGACAUUAUUAUUAAUUAAAGCGGCUUGAUCACGUGUAAACACAUUGAAGUUGUAUACUUUUGCUAUAUGGUUAUGUGACACUGUUAGCUUCUAAGAUAGACUAUUAGUGCACCUGGCGGUCAAUAAAUAUCUAGUAAUGUAAAUACUGUAAAAGCUAUGGUGAUAAACGACUACAAUGCGUGUUACUUCUGGUUGUGGAUUUUGGUAGAAAAACCACAAACUUCUUCGCCAAAUUGUCAAUUGGACAGAAACCGCUGCUAUUCACCUCACAAAGCGCAUGCCAUUCUUUAGCCUGAACAUUCAACUGCAAACGAUUGCAGAGUCUCAUUCUGUGAAAGAUUUGAGGGGCUGUUCUACUAUAUUGAAUGAAGCAGAAAUUCAAUUUGCUAGUGCCAGCAAAGCAUUUGCUGUGGUAGCACUGAUUAUGAGAAGCAACCUGGAUGUGGGAACACCGACAAUCUAGACAGAUUGUCCAUUGCAGCAAAGUUUGUACGAGAGUCUCAAAGUGCCGACAUAAUUGCUCUAUCGUCAGCUGUCAGAGAAAAUUAACAGACAGGUGUUAGAGACAACUAUCAGUCCAAGCCUCAGUGCAGUGUGUGUGUGUGUGUGUGUGUGUGUGUGUGUGUGUGUGUGUGUGUGUGUGUGUGUGGUGCGAUAGCUCGGUUGGUUAGGGUUAGAGAGUCAUCUUAUGGAGUGUGUACAUCCCGGACCUUGAAGGGUUGCAAGUUCAAGUCACAGUGAUGGCGAGCUAUGGCAUUAUUUCCUUAAGCAAGAAACUAACACAUUUUCUCCUCUUGACUCAGGAGUAUAAAUGAGUUCCUGGUCAUUGACUGGGGUCUUAGGCGGCCAUCGUCUGUGACGUGACAUCAGCCACGGGUAUUGGUGAGACUUCGUGUGCUCACACCACAGUUGGCUUCACAAGUCGGUGCUCCUGCGAGUGCCCUGAGUAGCGCACAGGGCCCAGCUUAACAGCUAGGGGCAUGGCCUCUGGGAGGCAGCUCCUGACAUUUAGGAUUUUUUAGGUGUGUGUGUGUGUGUGUGUGUGUGUGUGUGUGUGUGUGUGUGUGUGCAUGUUUAUAUCUGCAAAAUGGCAAGUUGCAGCAUCGUGGCAUUUUUGCUUCCACAUGACAGACAUCGAAGGCAUCGGAUGUCCAUCAAUUUGAAUUGUCGAUUUCUAAUUUUGGUUGAUACACACGGAGCAUGUUGUUUAUUACCAGCGACAUGAGAUUUGUUGACUAUGGGUCCUUAAGAAAUACGGCUAACCUUUGCUCAUGUAUGUGUGUCAAAUAGCUGCCAUGUUCAACAUCUUCAAAGAGACAUGCAACAGGAAUGUCGAAAUAGCUGCAGGUUAGACAACUUGAUUAGGUCACACAUAUGGGAACAGGCUAUCUGGGAUUUACUGUUGUCUCCGCUGAAUUUCCGGGAGUUAGUACUAUAUGUGUAGAGUUGUGUAAUUUGUUGGCAAAGAAUGGGUAAAGUAGCUAGUUCUUGGUAUUGUGUGGUUACUGUAAUCUUUGUUUGGCAAUGAUAUCGGUCACAUGCAAGUUUGUUGCUUAGGAAUCAGGACCAAAGCUGGAGAAGCAAGCAACUAUGGGUUUGUUACAUGAUGUUUCCAUAUCAGGAACUGGUGAAUCUGAAGAUGACAUUGUAGAAGAGGAAGACGAAGAAGAAGCAAUCUUACAUGUUGCUCACAAUAACGCUGAUGCUAACAGUGCUACCACAUCACCAUCUUUACCGGCUGUUUCUCAUACUUUGUCUGAUGUAAAGAUCACUGACUCACAGAUGGAAUCUGCCGAAUUGUCAGUUUCAUCUCUGUUUAUUGAAUCAGAGCCUGUUGUUGAAUGUGAAUCUUGUAUUGAGGUGUGUAGAGAUAAGGCUAGUGUUGGCUGGCAGACUGAAGUGUCUGCUUUAGAAGAUCUAGAGGAGACUACCAAAGUUGAACCUGUCGUAUCUAGUGGUAGUGAUGAUGUACCUGUGGCAAGCAACAGUAAUGUUGAGGAGACUGCAGAUGAAUGUACGGGAGAGGAAAAGGAAGAGUCUUUACAGAAGACUUUAUUUUGUCAUGAUUUGCAGACUGAAUCAACUUUUUCAGAGGUUCAAAGCACAACUGAGUGUUCAAGGACUGAAGUUGGCGGUACUGACAAUGAUUGCAAGCAUGAUCGUUCUCCAAACUUGGAAGCAACACAAAGUAAUUUGGAAAGUGAUUUUGGUGAGAUUCGGGAACCAACAGGAUUGGAAGUAGUGGUCAAUGAUCCAGCCACAACAACAGGUGUUGAUGUUGAAGUUGAGAUACCUACUUGUGAUAGCGAACAAGAACUUCUUGCUGAUGAAACUAGUCCAACGGUCUCAGAAGAACUACAGUGCAGACAAUCUCUUCCUGAGCUUGAAUGUGAUGUGCCAUCAAACUCUUUCCUCAGUCAGUCUCUUCUUGACAGUGACAUGCCUAAGAUCUCUGAUUUAGAUAAUGACAGUGAUAAACAAGUUGAACAUGUCACUUCAAGUCAACCAACUGUGACACUUGAAUUGAAUGGUUUUGAGUUAAAUGGAGUUUCUACACGCACUCUAUCUCCAUGCCAGGUGACUGGCACCGGUGAUGUUGCUCAGCACUCUGCUGUGGAAGAAGAUGAAGACAGUAGUGAGGGUAGUGCUCAUGAAGACAAAUCUAUCAAGGAAGGUGUAUCGAAGAGUCAUACCUUGUCCAACAAAGUGAUGUCGCCCACUUGGAAGCUGCUAAUUCCUCCUCCAGCAAAGCGAUUGUGCUUGUCUGGAUCUGCACUGGACAGCCUAGUUGUUACAGAUGUUAAAGUCGAUCUCACAACUUUCACUUUUCGGGAAUGCAAUACUGACAAAGGAUUUUUUCGAGAUAAGUAGCUGAGUGACUGUACAGCUAUAUUGUACGGCUAUAUUGAAAUACUAGAAGAAAGUUUACUCUAUGUUGUAUAUAACUUGAACUGAAAUUAUUAUAUUCACCCACUUUAUUGAUCAGCAAUUCAUGUUUACAAUAGUA